AUGGAAAAAGUUCUCUUCACGUUGAUUCUAUUAUCGAUAAGUAUUUCAAUUAGUGCAACGUUAUUCGAUUCUUUUCAUUGUAAAGUAGCCACAUGUCAUGAAUUUUAUUAUGGUUUAAAGAAUUUUUCUCGUCAAAAAGACUAUGUUAAUGUAUGCCAUGAUACUGUACGUUCGUUAGAAAAUAUAUCAAAAAAGUAUGGUAAAUGUUUUGAUGAAAAAACAAAAUUUAAUCCACCGUGUAUUUAUGCAUUAGCAACGACGAUGAAAAGAUGUGUACAUGGAUUGAACGGUGUAUCAGAAUAUUCUGCUCGAUAUUAUUGUGGUUAUAGACUUAUGCAAAAUUGUGCUAAAUAUCUUGGCCUUGAACGAUUUCCAUAUAAUGUCGAAUAUCGACGACCUGAUGAAAGUUGA